AUGACAACAGCUUCCCAUCCAGUUAAAUUAACCAAACAAUUCAAGACUAAAUCAGGUUCUGACGUAUCAAUUGCCACCGGUACCGGGACCAAAUGGAAAAAAGAUGCAAAAGACGACGAUAUCAAUCAAGAAUUAGUUGAUCAAAUCUUAUUAGCACUUAAAUUAGGAUUUAGACAUAUCGAUACUGCUGAGGUUUACAACACUCAGGCCGAAGUUGGUGAAGCAGUUAAACAACUGGGUAUUCCAAGAGAGGAACUUUGGAUAACUACUAAAUAUAAUCCAGGGUGGAGAACUAUAUCAGCAUCCAGUGCCAGUCCAAGCGCUUCAAUUGAUAAGGCAUUGAAACAAUUGGAUACUGACUACAUUGACUUGUAUUUAAUUCAUCAACCAUUUUUCACUGAAGAGAGUACCCAUGGAUAUACUUUAGAAGAUGUUUGGAAUGUCUUGAUUGAUUAUAAGAAACAAGGUAAGAUUAGAGAAAUUGGUGUUUCUAAUUUCGCCCAAGAACAUAUUGAAAGAUUGAAAAAGAUCCUGGAACCAGAAUUCUAUCCAGUUGUCAAUCAAAUUGAAAGCCACCCAUUCCUUCAAGAUCAAUCUAAGGGGAUCACUGAAUAUUCCCAAGCGAAUGGUAUUUUGGUAGAGGCAUUCUCCCCAUUGACUCCUGUUUCCAGAGUCGAAAAGAAUGCAUUAACUGGAUAUUUGGAUGAGUUAUCUAAGAAAUAUAACAAAACCGGUGGACAAAUCUUACUUAGAUGGACAUUGCAAAGAGGUAUUUUGCCAAUUACUACUUCUGCAAAAGAAGAUAGAAUUAAAGAAGCAUUGGAUGUAUUUGAUUUUGAAUUGACCCAGGAAGAGUUUGAUAAAAUUGCUGAAAUUGGUAAAGAAAACCCACAUCGUGUUUUCUUCCACGACGAAUUCAAGGAUUUGGAAUAG